GUGUCUUCGGAUUGCCAACGUUUUUUUUUUCCCACCUUGCUCGAGGCCGAGGCGGUGCGUCCGACGCUGCUUCUCGCUUGGCCCUGUUGCCACCGCGACAAAAACAACCGGAUACCUGGGUUGUUGACACCUCUUCACCAUGUCCAGCAGCUCCAAUGUUGAAAACCUGCCGCCGCAAGUGCUGCGGCAGGUGUCGCGGGAACUCUGCGAGUUGGUUCGUCAGCCACCAGAGGGCAUCCGCGUCAUCGUCAACGAAGAGGACGUCACGGACAUCGAGGCCACCAUCGAGGGUCCCCAGGGCACGCCGUACGCGGGAGGUGUCUUCAAGCUGCGCUUGGUGCUGCCCAAGGACUUUCCGGCAUCCCCUCCUCGCGGCUUCUUCACCACGCGCAUCUUCCACCCCAACGUUGCCGUCCCGUCGGGCGAGAUCUGCGUCAACACACUCAAGAAGGACUGGAAGCCCGACCUGGGCCUCCAGCAGAUCCUGCUCACCAUCAAGUGCCUGCUCAUUGCACCAAACCCCGAGUCUGCGCUCAACGAGGAGGCCGGACGUAUGCUGCUCGAGAGGUACGACGACUACUGCAGGAGGGCACGGAUGAUGACAGAGAUCCACGCGCGGCCCGCCAAGCACAAGGGCAACUCGCCACAGAGCAAAGCCGUCAAGAUGGCCAAGGAAAAGCGGCGCACACUCAAGCGGUUAUGAUGGCCCACCCCCCUCCACGACGCCCCUUUCAACCUCUCUCUCCCUCCCCCACGCGCGUCUUUUGUACAUACGGGGCGGUUACGCCGCUCAGAAGCGCGGUGGCCAUGCAUCACAGCGUAAACGGAGGUGCUCCUCUAAGCAAAAGUAAAAACAAAAACACUAGUCUCAAACGGGAUGUGCCGGCUUGAGGGCCGAGUUGCUUCGGUGCAGUAGUCGAGCGUUCGCUUAGGUGCGAGUAACCUGGUGGUAGUCCAGGUUGAUGUGGGCAGGCUUUCACUCUUGGAUUUUUUUAUUUUCAUUUUUGGUUUUUGUUCCUUGAGAGACACGCCCGCCUCCGAUUUAUGGAAUUGUCUCCGUCAACCGGAAGCGUAGUGCCGCGUUGCCGGCUGCUGCAGUAACGCAAAAUUGCUCGUAAAGCUUCGCGCUUGUUUGGGAGAGGGGGGAUAUCUUGUGAAUGCCAUCAGCCACAUUGACAAAUAAGUCUAGCAUACACCUUGUCUUUAGAAGAGAAUGGGUAGGGGGUUUCUUUUGCUGUUAUCAUCAAACAAAUAAGUGUAGAGCAACACUUGCUUUCAGUGUAAGUAGGCGAUUCAAAUUCAGUUGUCUGUAAGUCUGAGCACUUGCAUGGAUUAGGAGCUUACCCUUUGGCUGCAGCUUUCAUUUACCGUUGGGGGCACUAGCAAUAACUUGCAGAGUACCUUUCAAGAUGCGGUGAUUUAGACUAUGGGCCUGGUGGGCUGCGUCUGAGGACAACAUCCUGAUCGGUGUUCGAGUGACUAUUGUUUCGGCAGCAUUGUGACCUCGAUUCCCAAGUUCCUAUAAGGGUUUGAACAAUUUGCUCUCAUCAGGAAGCAUAUAUAUCCAGCCAAAACAAAAACUAUCGCAGGAAAUGGUGAAGAAUACAGGACAGUGGCUGGUGUACCAACUGUUUAUUCGACAGACAAAGGCUCAGUCCUGCUAAUUUUUAGAUUUUUUAAGAUGAUUUCUUGGCGGUUUCAAGAAUACAUUUUGACUUGGCUGAUGAUAAUGCUGUAGAUAGCGUGUUGUGCCUUUUCAUAAAGCUGGUAAACAAUUUUCUGCAAUUUUUAGAUAUGAAUAUCAAGUGUCUAGAAGGGCAGGUUUGCUGCAUGCAUUUGCCCAGAGCCAAGAAAGAAUUGUUGCUGUAUGGAUCAACACAGGUCAGGUGAUGUGUGUUGUAGGGACAGCUCUGUGGCAUUAUGCAGAAAGCACAUGCUUAUCCAGUGUUUUUUAUAAUAAUCUCAAAAGUGUAAUAAGAAUGGCUAAGGUGGAGAUGUAGCAGAUGCAAAUGAGGUUUGCAUGUUUAGUUCGCAUUUUUUUUUUUGGUGAUGUGUAGACUGUGAAUUCGCCAUGCGACCACGGACUGUAUACCGUAUUUAUUCGAAUCUAAGCCGCUGUUUCUUUUUUUUUUCUUCGAAAACACGAUGUGCGAAAGUGGGGGAGGUAGGCUUAGAUUCGAGUACAAUGAUUAGGUUUUCUUUUUUUUCUGGCCUUGCGAAUUUCGGGGGUCGGCUUAGAAUCGGGGGGCCGGCCUAGAUUCGAGUAAAUACGGUAUAUUUGAGCUCUGCUCUGUUAAAUAAGCAGUUGGUAGUCCAGCCACUUUCCGGUCUUCACCGUUUCCUGUGAUUGUUUGUUUUGGCUGGACAUAUAUUUUGUAAUGCAAUGCACCAACAAGCCCUACAAUGUGUUAUACUAGAAUCUGCUCUCCUUUGAAAAACCCGUGUUUUCCUUUCUUUAUUCAUUUCAGUGCAAAAAGAGGCACGAGUUACGGCACUAUUUCAUACUGGGUGCUUCUUUUCGCGUUCUUUCUCGUUUCGCAGUGGGCGAAGAGAUCUUACGGUGCACAAGAUUAGAAAAAACCUGCAAAACGCAGUUCAAAAGUUCUGACCUUUUGUGUAAGCUUUGAGACCUAAGUGUUCUUUUUAACGUAUGGGAAACUCUCAUCUAUGUUGGAACUUCCGUCGCUAAAGCU